GUGUGGAUGUGACAGCAAACCAAGAUGAAGCUGAAGAUACAGAUCGGGAGAUCUUUCAGAUGGAGCUCGUUGUGCCUCAGUCUGAUGGUGUACCAGCAAAGUGGGCAUUUAGAACAGUGGACAAUACCUACUGGACACAGGAACCACUAGGGGGAAUCCAAGCCACAGCAAGAGACAGAUCAAACCCUAAUGCCCAGUUUACAGUAGACUGGAUUGGAGAUGGAACAGUUGCUGUGAAGGCUCACAAUGGACACUAUAUUCAGAGUCGCCAGACUGGUCAGCUGGUGGGAGUCAGUGAUACUGUUACCAACAAAGAAAAGUUCUACAUCAAAAUUAUCAACCGGCCUCUACUUUUGCUGAAGAAUGAGCAUGGGUUUGUGGGGCUGAAAUCGACAGCAAAAGCUGAGGUGCAGUGCAGCAAGACCAAUUACGAAGUUAUUUUUGUGGAAACUAGUAACGAUGGACAUUAUUUCCUGAAAGGUGCUAACAACAAGUACUGGAGACUAGCAGAAGAUGCAUCAAUUAUUGCCGAUGGAGACAGCCCUGUUCCCUUCUUACUGGAACCAAGAGGCUCGUCCAUCCUUACUAUCAAGGGCCCAAAUGGGUGUUACAUCAAAGGGGAGCAUAAUGGACUCUUCCGGGCCAUAGGUCAGGAGGUAGACCCCACUAUGUUGUGGGAAUACUAA